AUGCUCAAAGAAAGAGGAGAAGAUGAUACGGUGGUAGAUGUUGAAGAAACUUGGGAUGGAGAAGAGGGUUAUACUAAGCGUACAGUUCUUUACGCAUAUUAUCGAUCAAGUAUUAAUAAUCAAAGUACAUUAAGUCGAAUAAAAUUUGGAGAUUUAUAUAAUGGUAGUUUUUAUCCGGCCUAUACAACUUUGGAGUGGAGUACAUCCGAUGGUGAUGAUGGACGGUACAUUUAUCGAGAUGGAGAUAGCAUUGUAGUUCAAAGUGCUAAAGACAAUUCAAAAACAUUAAAGUAUUUCUCAUUUUCUGUCUCACCUGACAAUCAAUAUGUAUUACUUGCAGCAAAUAAGACUAAGGGUUGGAGAUAUUCAUUUACAGCAAAUUAUUAUGUAUUCAAUAUUUCAUCAAAACAAACUCUUCCUAUAACAACUCCAAUUGAUACAACUCAUCAAGUAACAAUCGCACAAGCUAAAUGGAGUUCAGCUUUUGUUAAAGAUAAUGAUUUAUAUAUUUCAGUAGAUUUAAAAGAAGAGAGACGUGUAACUUAUGAUGGAUCAACAGUAGUAUUUAAUGGUGUUCCUGAUUGGAUUUAUGAAGAGGAAGUUCUCGCUAAUAAUUUUGCAUUUUGGUGGUCACCUAACUCGACACAAAUUGCUUAUUUAAGAUUAAAUGAAUCAUUAGUUCCGGAAUACCGAUUUCCUUUAUAUCUUAAUGGACUUUUGGCAACACCAUAUGCAAAAGAAGUUAUAAUGAAAUAUCCAAAACCAGGAUAUCCAAAUCCGGUUGUAACAUUUCAUAUAUACGAUACAUCCACUCCAUUGGUAUCACAAUCAGCUGCUAUUCCAUUUACUAAUGAUUUUGGGGACACCGAUAAAAUAAUAACUGAAGUUUGUUGGGCGGGUAAUGAUAAUGUUUUGGUUAGAGUGAUGAAUAGAGUUCAAGAUAUUGCGAGAGUUGUUUUAGUUGAUGCUAAUAAUCGUAGUGGAGUCACUGUAAGGGAAGAAAAUGCUGAAACAAGAGAUGGUGGUUGGUUUGAAAUUACCAGAAGUAUGGUUUAUUUAAAUAAUUCUGGAGGAAUAACACAAGAUUCAUAUGCUGAUGUAGUUGUCAACAAUGGAUAUAAUCAUCUCGCGAUUUUCUCUCCUUUAAAUAAUGCUACACCGAGAUAUCUCACCAGUGGUAAUUGGGAAGUUGUUGGUGGUGUAAAAGCUAUUGAUUAUACUCUUCAACUUGUAUAUUUCAUGAGUACAGAAAAAUCAUCAAUAGAAAGACAUUUAUAUUCAGUAUCAUUUGAUGGACUUACCAAAACUGCAUUAACCAAUACUGAUGAAGCGGGAUAUUAUGAAGUUUCAUUUUCUAAAGGUGCUAAAUAUUAUAAUAUUAAAUAUGAAGGUCCUGAAAUUCCUUGGCAAAAAGUAUUAAAAGUUGAUAAUAGUUCCUUUUCGGUUUCUUUACAAGAUAAUAAUAAAUUGAAGUCGUUGAUUAAAACCAUUGAUAUGCCUACAAUAAAAUAUAGUACUGUAGAGAGUGAUGGAAAUAUCAGACCACCAGGAAUGGAUGAAACUGGUCGUGAAAAAUAUCCCGUUCUAUUUCAUGUUUAUGGAGGUCCCACUUCUCAAUUGGUCAAUAAGAAAUUUUUUUUUGAUUGGCAUUUAUAUGUAGCUUCGAAAUUAAAAUUUGUUGUGGUAACUGUUGAUACUCGAGGUACCGGUUAUUUAGGAAGAACAUUUCGAGUUUGUGUAAGAAAACAUUUGGGUGAAUAUGAAUCAAUCGAUUCCAUUAAUACCGCUAAAUUAUGGGCAAAAUUACCUUAUGUUGAUUCAAGUAAAAUUGCAAUUUGGGGUUGGUCAUUUGGUGGUUUUCUUACUUCAAAAGUUAUUGAAGCUGAUUCGGGAGUAUUCCAAGCUGGAAUGGCCGUAGCUCCUGCUGCUGUAACCAAUAUGACUGGAUUCUCUAAUGCUCAAUUCUUAUUAGUUCAUGGAACUGUUGAUAAAUUCACUCUCGGAUCUGUUCAUAACUACCGUUUACAAUUCUAUACUGAUAACGAUCAUUCAAUCGCAAAACAUAACGCAAAUCGUGAG